AUGGCAGCUGCGACAAAGUCUCUUAAGUGUGUGGUUACUGGUGACGGAGCAGUCGGAAAGACUUGCCUCCUCAUUAGUUAUACUACCAAUGCUUUUCCUGGGGAAUAUAUCCCUACUGUCUUCGAUAAUUAUUCCGCCAACGUCAUGGUCGAUGGAAAACCUAUUAGCUUGGGUCUUUGGGAUACUGCGGGCCAGGAAGAUUAUGACCGUCUGCGACCUCUCUCUUAUCCUCAGACCGAUGUUUUCCUGGUUUGCUUCAGUAUCGUGAGCCCUCCUUCUUUCGACAACGUUUUAUCGAAGUGGUACCCGGAAAUUUCCCACCAUGCUCCCAACAUUCCCAUUAUCCUGGUUGGUACUAAGCUUGAUUUGCGUGACGACCCCAAGACUGUUCAGGGGCUUCGUGAGAAGCGCAUGGGACCCAUCAGUUACCCUCAGGGAAUCCAGAGAGCCAAGGAGAUCAACGCUGUUAGAUAUCUCGAGUGCUCUGCUCUUACACAGAAAGGUCUGAAAAAUGUUUUUGAUGAAGCAAUUAGGGCCGUUCUUAUGCCCGCGGCGAAGACAAGUAAGAAGAAAGGAUGCAUCAUCCUAUAA